CCAAUAGUGCAAGUAGCAUUUUUGCAGACCGACCAAAUUAUAUAUUCUAGAGAGAGAGAGAGAGAGAGAGAGAGAGAGAGCGCGUUCCAUGUUCUUGGUUUUGAUCUCUGAUUACUUCCUGAUUUUUUCCAAAUCGGUUGAAUCAAUUAACUAUCGACGUCAUGUUCAAGUCGUUCUGGGGUUCUCAAGAGCAGGAAGCUCAGCCACAUUCACAGGGGAUUCCUACAAAUUCAUGGUAUCCCCCAUCUGUAAUUAGCUCUCCAACAUCUUCCCGCCCUGCUACACCUAGUAGCACCUCUUCUAGUAGCUUCAGUCUGCAGAGGCCUGCAGAUAGGCCCCAGUCACCAUCUCAUGUUUCGCCUGCAGAGGCUGCUGGCAUUAUUGUUCUGUUGAAGGAUAAGAGCAUUGAUGAGUUGCGGAAGCUUUUGUCAGACAAAGAUGCGUACCACCAGUUCUUUCUUUCAGUUGACCAGGUUAAAAUUCAAAACAAUCUGAGAGACGAACUUCGGAAGGAAACAUUGCAGCUUGCGAGGGAAAAUUUGGAGAAAGAACCACGCAUAAUGGAACUGCGGAAUCAGUGCAGAAUUAUUAGGACAACUGAAUUGGCUGCUGCUCAAGAAAAGCUACACGAGCUUGAGAGGCAAAAAGAAGAGAUCCUUAAAUUCUACUCCCCGGCAUCCCUUGUCCGUAGGCUUCAAGAGGCAAUGAACACAACGGAGGAGGAAUCUGAGGCCUUGCACAGGCAGCUUCUAGAUGGGGAGAUUGAAGUAGGAGUUUUCUUGCAAAAAUACAAGAAGCUUCGUACCACUUACCACAGGCGUGCUCUCACCCAUCUCGCAGCCAAGACUUCUUUGACUGGAUGACCCCGUGCAUUUUGAGAAGUGUAUGAGUAUGUCAAUAUACUCACAUUUAUACUCUUGUUUUUGUAUAUGGUCUACCCUCGAAUUGUAAGAGGGCACCUUUCUUUUAUCUCACCUUUGUUCUGUGUAAACUCAAUUACAAAUUGACAAUUUGCCUAAUGUGUUGCAUUUGUUUGUGUCGUUAUUAUCUUGGACUUUUGUCUAUGUAUUAGCUGUCGGAUUUUAUGUACGGAGUACCUGUUUAGAUUCA